AUGAUGUCCUCGCGGCUGGAUGCACGGGAACUGCAGCGCAAGAGCGUGCACCGCAUGCUCCACCUGGCGCUGACAGAUGAGGACGUCAUAUGCAUUGCAAAUAUGUCUGGGUCUGGAAGAGUGCGCGAUUUGUCAUGCAGCUUUUCCAUGACCCAUGAGGUCUGGAAUGCAGAACUUAGCAUGACAGAUUCUGCGCGAUCUCUCUCAUCCCUAUCCUGCAUGAGAACCUCCCUCCCGACUUGGUCAAAACUGGACGACUUUUGGUAAUCAUGCAACACAGAUUUUUGCAUGCUUCAGAUUUAGCAUGACAAGUUGCAGUCUUCCAGACCCAGACAUUUUUACAUUUGAUACGUCAAGUCGUACGACAAUAAGGCGCAAUGGAAGGUAUUGACACCUUUUUGUGAUGGUUUGUCCGCAUGAUAGACGGACAACUCCUCUCCUCACUGCGUUGGAAAUUACAAAUAAACUAGCUCCUGCUGCGUGACCGAUUCAUCUCCAGUGAGAAAUUGAAACACAAAACCAGGCUCUCGUCUACGACAAGCAAGGCCAGGACAUAAUAGCCCCGCUAUUCACAGUCGGAUCGUUGCGAUCCCUUUUCGGCGUCACCCUCCACCGGUCGAUCACCAGUGAGAGGAGCGAGGUCCCGGACGUGCCUUGUAUCUACUUUUUGGAGCCGACAGAAGCGAACAUACAGAAGAUGAUCGACGACUGCAAACGGAAACUCUAUCCAGAGUAAGUUCGAUGUUUGAGAAAAGAUCAUCUUGUUGCACUUAGGAUGCAUGUUGUUCUUUUAGCUGUCUACCUUUACUCUUCGCAUCUGUCGUGAGAAUAUAAUAACUUCGCACAACUGCAUCAAUUUCAAUUCCCGCAUAGUAAGUAGCUAGUGUUAAAAUUAUGCUCUUCCUAAAAAUCAGGCUCUAUGUGAAUUUCACUUCUUCCGUUCCGCGCCCGUUGCUCGAGAAACUCGCAUUUGGCCUGAACGAAAUCCAGGAGGCUCGGAGAAUAACGAGCGUGGUCGAUAGAUUUGUCAAUUUCGUCGCCCUGGGCACCAGUUCGGUGAGUUUGAAUUUGGAGAAGUCUUACCAGACACUCCGGUCCUCACUCGUCACGGACGACAUUAUUGAGAAACUGUUGGAUUCCAUCGCCACCGGAAUUCUCUCCUUGUUGGUCACCUUGAAAGUGGGGAUUCCCAUCAUCCGCUGCCCGCCGAACGAUGCCGCGCAGCUGGUCGCGCAGAAAUUGCACGAGAAAAUCUACGACUUAACGUCGAACAGCGGGUCAGGUGGGUCCGCAAAUAAAACCGGUGAUUUAUUCCAGGGUUCGUUCGCCCACGCGGGGGAGCCGAGACCGGUUUUGUGCCUGUUAGACCGGGAUUUGGAAUUGGGGACCAUGCUCGCGCACACCUGGACCUACGAAUCCAUGUGUCAGGACGUUUUGGGGAUGCGGUUAAACAAGCUGAGUGUGAUAGAAAACGAAGACGACCCCGUGAAAGCGCAGAAGAAGACCUAUGACAUAGACGUAUCUAUUGUGUUUUUUUUGAUGUUGCUUCGACGAUCGUGUUCGUGCGCGCUAUUCCUGCAUGACCUGCUUGACGACAGCGACACAACAUAGUGACAUGUUGUACAAGCGUGAUUCAGAUAUUAGCUUCAAAAUUCUGAAAUACCAUACGAAACAACACUAUCAGCCCAACGACAAGUUUUGGUCGGAGUACCAGCAUGUCAUUAUCCACGAGCAGUUUGAAGCUGUCGACCGGGAACUCCAGGAAUUCAACAAAAAGCACAAGCACAUGCAGUCCGGGGACUUGAACCAGGCAAUAACGCAACUACCCGAGAUGCAGGAAAGAAAACGAUCGUUAGAGAUGCACACCAACAUAGCGCACUCAAUAUUGAAGCAGAUCCAGAAGCGGGCGUUGGACAGGUAGGGUGCUUAAUGAUGCUUAAUGUGCAGCAGACGAAGAACUACAUGUGCUUGUGCAUGAUGUGCAUCUAGAUCAUUUACGUUGCGGUGGCCUAAUCCCCAAGAUUCAAUAUACCACUAGUGCUUCUACCAUAUGCCUCUUUGCACCCAACCCAAAACCAACCCACAGGUUCUACGUCGUCGAAGACCAAUAUGCGCAGCAAUCCGUGCCCAACGCCUACUCCGCACUGGAGGAGCUUCUCAAAGAGGUCCCGAACGCCACGCAGCAAGACAAAAUGCGGGCGAUACUGGUGCUGUUCUUGACAAAAAGCGCGGUGUAUACCAGGAAGGCCGAAGGAGGUCCGGACAACAACAAACUGUCCGAUUUGCUUUUCCAACUGGACAAGAUCGGCGCGUCAAGAGCACCGCUGGCGUACUUGGAGCACAUCGUGAAAACAACCUGUCACAAGUAUAGAGUAGGUCUUUUUGAUUGUGGUGAUGUUCCAGUAUCAGUUUCCGUUGGUCAUCGACAUGAUUGGCAUUGUCCAGCGCCUAACUAUUGUUUCUAAAAUGCACUACCAGGCCCCAACUUUCCUCCGGCGCGAACGACCUUCAAAACACCAUCGCGAACCACGGCCAAGCCGCCCUAGGCCAGGUCAUCGGUGGGCAGCACGCGCACGCGGUGGGGCGGAUGUUCGGGGGGUUACUCAACCAGGCGGCGGAAGCCACGAUGCGGAAUCUGGAGAAAAUCCUGCCCACGAAACGGGAGUUGCUCACGACAAAGAUCGUAAAGACGCUGAUGGAGAACAGACCGGAUUCGCAGGCGGACAGCUCAGCCGCAAAAGUGGAUAACUACGUGUACUUGGAUCCGAAACUACCGCCGAGCACCAGGGUAUUUUAGCUGAUUGGAAACAAAUGUGCUCACUCUAUACCACGAGACGUGUUAUUUUAUGCUAGAAGACGCUUGCUGUUACUGUCGUAUCUGUAUAUAUUCCUAUUCCUCUUUCUUUUGAGAAUAAAACUAAAAGUGAGCACCUCGUCCCUACAGGCUGCCGCGGCUGGGAUGAACGCCUCAAGAUACCGUGCGAGCUUCAAGAGAAGCAUUGUCUGCAUGGUCGGCGGCGGGAACUUCGUCGAAGCGCAACAGAUGCAGGAAGCGGCGAAAGAAGUAGGAAAGGAGUGCAUUUACGUCGCAACCAAUUUCGCAUCGCCGGAGCAAUUCCUGGAAGAGAUAACGACGCUCGGCGCGCAGGGAGAAGGAUGUAGUAGUUGAUGGGUGUCGACCUCUCUGCGAUGAAAGAUCAAGAUGCUUUUAGUAUCACCCCAGACUGGUGUACCCCACCGGAUGAACGUGUAGUCCUCUUUUCUAUCAUGAUUUCUUCGCAAUCGCAGCUCGCUUUUCAAGAUUAUAUAUUCGCAGCUAUUUACUUUGUUAAACUUCAAGCGACCGAUUUACUGACCGAGGUUGAAGUAAUAUCACCUGUCUUCGGUUUUGCCCGCUUCGCAGGGUGUCGCAUUGAUUUAUUCGCACGGCGACCUUGGUGCGUUGCGCACGGGUAGCAGUGAAGAUGUGGUGGAAUAUCAGUUGAGAUCAACGCAACAACGAGAUCUGCGGCUUCCAUGAAGCGGAAGCAGGAACGAAUCAAAGAAGACUCGGAAAAU